ACUGUUCCCUCUUUCUCCAAGGCCAUUUCUCUGCAGCUCUUGGCCUUGACAGGUGCUAGUGUCCGUGCCUGUCACGGGCGCAUUCUGACUCGGGCCCUUCUUCUCUCUGGAGACUGCCUAUGGCUAGGGACCGAGUGAGGUCGUUGCCUUGACGACGACAGCAUGCGGCCCGCGGUCCUCGGAAGUGUGAGCCAAUCUGCCUCCUUGCCUGCUUCACCUAGGACCCGUAACUGCGUCCACAGAGCAAAUCCCGAUAUUGGGAUUGCUACUUUGCUAGUCAGCAUCUUUUAGAUCUGCUAGCGAGAUGCAUAUCACCUCCAAUUUGUUUCCAAGUUGAAAACCUUUGGCUCUUUCCAUGUGAAGGGUGUGGAAGAAAUACAAGAAAAUUCCUACUGGUUUUAAGUUAAAAUGGAAAAAUAUGAGAACCUGGGAUUGGUUGGAGAAGGGAGUUAUGGAAUGGUGAUGAAGUGUAGGAAUAAGGACAGUGGAAGAAUUGUGGCCAUUAAGAAGUUCUUAGAAAGCGAUGAUGACAAAAUGGUUAAGAAAAUUGCCAUGCGAGAAAUCAAGUUACUAAAGCAACUGAGGCAUGAAAACUUGGUGAAUCUUUUGGAAGUCUGUAAGAAAAAAAAACGUUGGUAUCUCGUUUUUGAAUUUGUUGACCACACGAUUCUUGAUGACUUGAAACUAUUUCCAAAUGGACUAGACUAUCAAGUAGUUCAAAAAUAUUUGUUUCAGAUUAUUAAUGGAAUUGGAUUUUGCCACAGCCACAACAUCAUACACAGAGAUAUAAAGCCCGAGAAUAUCUUAGUCUCUCAGUCUGGCGUUAUAAAAUUAUGUGACUUUGGGUUUGCACGGACACUGGCAGCUCCUGGAGAGGUUUACACUGACUAUGUGGCCACCCGAUGGUACCGAGCUCCAGAACUGCUGGUCGGUGAUGUCAAGUAUGGCAAGGCUGUUGAUGUCUGGGCCGUUGGCUGUCUGGUCAUUGAAAUGCUCAUGGGGCAGCCCCUGUUUCCGGGAGAAUCUGAUAUUGACCAGCUGCAUCAUAUUAUGACAUGUUUAGGUAAUUUAAUUCCAAGACACCAGGAGCUAUUUUAUAAAAAUCCUGUGUUUGCUGGAGUAAGAUUGCCUGAGAUCAAAGAUACAGAAACAGAACCCCUUGAGAGUCGCUACCCUACGCUCCCUGAAGCUGUGAUAAAUUUAGCAAAGAAAUGCUUGCAUAUUGACCCAGACAAAAGGCCCUUCUGUGCUGACCUUCUACACCAUGAUUUCUUUCAAAUGGAUGGAUUUGCUGAGAGGUUUUCUCAAGAAUUGCAGUUAAAAAUAGAGAAAGAUGCCAGGAAUAAUUUUUUACCUAAAAAAUCUCAAAACAGAAAGAAAGAAAAGGAUGAUGCCUUAACUGAAGAAAGAAAAACACUUGUGGUACAGGAUACCAAUGCUGAUCCCAAAACUAAGGACUCUAAAGUGUUUAAAAUAAAAGGAUCAAAAAUUGACAAUGAGAAAGCUGAAAGAGCAAGUAGAGCUUCAAAUGCCAGCUCUCUCCAUGACAACGGGACAAGCCACAUCAAAGGCCUGGCUUCCACAAGCCUCAGAGAUUGCAGCAACGUCAGCGUUGAUCACGCACGGAAUGCAGGCAUGGCGAUUCCUCCACUCACACACAACCUUUCAGCGGUUGGUCCAGGAAUUAAUGCUGGGACUAUUCCUGGGGUUCAGAGUUACAGAGUGGAUGAGAAAACUAAGAAAUACUGUAAUCCAUUUGUUAAACCAAAUCAACCUUCUGCGUCAGGGAUGUAUAACUCAAAUGUGAGCACCCCCGUCUCUAGUGAAAAGUACCUCCUCCAGGCAAAUAAGAAAAGGAAGGAGUACUCCAAAGCAGAAGUGCGAUUGCCUGAACUAAGCUAUAGCCAUCUCCCUGAGCUGAGAGCUUUAGAAGGCAUAGCUCGAAAUUCUCGGCUAAUAAAGAAAGAGAACAAAUCUCUUUCAGAAACUCGAAUUCCGUCUCUGGCCGCCAUUGACCUGCACGCGUCCAGUAUUGCAUUGCACCAGGGCUCAGGAUCGCCCCUGUCAGAUGAUUCUGAGGACGAUUUGCCUUGGAUGGAACACCAGCACUGAGACUCAUUUUAAUCCUGAACAGGAUGCUGCCAGCACUUGAGAUGACGUCCUCUUGCACCCAGAGCACUGACGCCCUAGAAGAGAUCUGCGCUUUGAUGUUUCCUUCUGGACUGCCUACGUUGCCUAAGUAAGACAUGCUUUGCCGAAGAAGGCAAGAGGGACUUCAAAUACUUCAAAGGAAGAUUGAACAAGUGCGCCCCCUGCUGUUAGCCCUUCACCUCUUCACCCUAUCGAUGCUGUUUGAGAUAUGUCUAUGGGAGAAUAGUGAUAUGGUCCUUGUUACAUGAAAGUGUAUUUGAUAUUAGUAGAUUGUGUAUUUAAAGUUAUCUGAGAUUAAAAGUGAGUAAAAAAAGGAGAGAAUCAUUAUAAAAGGUCAUGUUUUUAUGCAUUGAACUUUGUGUAUUAUAUACAUAAAUAUUUACAGUUGAAGAGUAUGAAAAAAGCUAGUAAGAGAAAAGUUUUCUGCACUUUUAACUGCAAGAACGCAGUUUCAAAGCUUGCUUCCUUGGCAGUAAGGUGCUGUGCAACUGCUGUCUCUGGGUAGUUGUGCUUUCUGUCAUCACUGCCGACAGCCUGCUCUCCACUCAUCUAAGAACUGUCCUGUGCACAUCUGGCAGAGAGCCCUUCUGUCACUAACAACUUUACUGUUGGGUGGUCUUCUGUAUUGAGAGAUUCUGGUGCUGAUGUUCUGCCUGAAAGGACAUGUUUGAAGCGGUGUGGAGAGUUUUGUG